AUGAAAAGAAAAUCAAAUGUCGAAACGAUUGUUGUUUCUUUGCAAUUGUCUACACCAGAACAAAUUGUUGUUUCUCUACCUUUGAUCUCUACCAUCGAAACUUCACAUGAUCAAGGUACAUCUAUUAUUGUUUCUUCUACCUUCUCAACUUCCACAAUCGACACUUCUACAACCUUACCGCCAUUUGUUUCUAAUCCAAUUGCUUCCCACUCAUCUACUUUCGAUAACAUUCUUAAUGAACCUAUUACUACCUUAUUUUCUUCACAAUCUACUGAACCACUUGUUACUCAUGACGAAACUCAUAGUCCAAUUGAUGAUGAUGAGAAUGUCUUUGAUGGAACUUCUGAUGACAUUAAAUUUGAUGUGGAAGAAGAGGAAAUUCUAGAUAACAUGCUUCUAACAGGGAAACAAUUCGAAAUUUUAAAUCAAAAGCUCAAUUCUCUGCUACAAAUUCAAGCUAAUGGUAGAGGGAAAAAUUCGAUAUCAAGUUUGGAGAUGGACAUACUGCUCAAACGUCAAGAAAAUCGUCUUCAUGAUGAGAUUCAGAAUGCGGAUAGAAAUAAUGAGAAAAGGGUGAAGAAUCAGUUAUCCACAUUUUGCUCUAAUUUAAACACUUUAAGGAUGUAG